CCGCGGAGCCAAUCCAAGGCCGCCCUCCGCCAAGGUUGCAAUUUUCAAAUUCACACUUUGUGCUGCAGAGGAAGGAAGGGAUUCCGCCGAUCCAGCUCUAACGGCGUCCUUUCCAGUUUAGCUGCAAGAGGGCCGGAGGAUGCCCCCGCCUCCCAGUUCCAAGACUGUCUCCAUCAGGCAGCCUUGGCCAGGCAGAGCCAUGGCAGUGGAGGAAAAUCAGGCUGAGAAGGGAGAAGCCUCCCAGGUAAAGCGGUCCCCCUCCUCACCCCAAGGGGCCCCCAAGAAACGCUCUGCCUUUGGGGAUCUCACCAAUGCCCACAAGACUCAGCACUUAGUAGAAAAGAAGGAGGAGGCGGUGGUCAAAGUGGGCACCAAGAAGGCGGCAUCAAAAGGAAGCAGGGUGGUCGUCUCCAAGAACAAAGAGAUCAACUGUAAAAAGUCCCAGAACAGAGUUCCUUCUGAGGAGGCGCCAGUGGUUAAGUCAGAUCCUGUGCCCAAGAAGGAUCCGGUGGAGACGGAAGAACCCUGUCGGACGGCGGAAGAGCCAGUGGAACCGGUGGCCCCUGUUGAGGACAUCGACAAGGCACAGCUGGACGACCCCUAUGCAAACGCCGAAUAUGCCAAGGAUAUCUUUGUCCACAUGCGGGAACGAGAGGAGAAGUUCCUGCUUCCGGACUACAUGAAGGACCAGCCGGAUAUCACCACCGACAUGAGGGCCAUCUUGGUGGACUGGAUGGUGGAGGUGCAGGAGAACUUUGAGCUCACCCACGAGACGCUUUACCUGGCCAUCAAGCUGAUGGAUCACUACCUAGUGAAAGUACCUGUCAUGCGGGACCAGCUUCAGCUCAUUGGCUCCACCACCAUCCUUAUCGCUUCCAAGUUUGAGGAGCGCUGUCCUCCCUGCGUGGAUGACUUCCUCUAUAUUUGCGACGAUGCAUACAAGAGGGAAGAACUUUUGACCACGGAGGUGAGCAUCCUGCAGACGCUGCAGUUCGACAUCAACAUCCCCAUUGCAUACCGCUUCCUCCGGCGCUUUGCCAAGUGCGUUCAUGCCUCCAUGGAGACGCUGACCCUGGCCCGCUUCCUCUGCGAACUGACGUUGCAGGACUACAACUUCGUCCAGGAGAGAGCAUCCUGCUUGGCCGCCAGCUGCCUUCUGCUGGCCCUCAGGAUGAAGAAGCUGGGCGGCUGGAGCCCAACACUAGAAUAUUACAGCGGCUACAAAGUGGAGGAUCUGCGCUUACUGGUCAAGAGGGUGAAUUUCAUGCUGACCUACAGUCACGACCAAAGGCUCAAGGCCGUCCGGAGCAAGUACUCUCACCGGGUCUUCUUUGAGGUGGCCAAGAUGGCCCCGAUGGACAUGAUGGAGCUGGAGGAAGCACUGAAGAGCUAAUUCUGCGCAAAGAAGAGGAGCCAGAGUGUACAUACCCUUGUAAAUAGAUGUCUGUCUGCUCUUAGCCUCUGAGGCCUGUAUAUUAUUUCUGUUCCUUUUUAUAAUUUUUUAAAAAAGAGAGAGGGAGGGAGGGAGGGGARGAGAAGAAAAUAAAAAGAAAAGCAAACAUUUAAUGUUUUAGAUGAGAAAUUGUUUGGAGUCGCGGGAAAGCUGUCAAUAAAAUAAAAUAUAAGUG